UCUGCGCCGUACUGCUGCUCAUCUGAGAGGUGGAAGAAACGGCGGCGCGCAUGGAGGAGCAGCCGCGGGAGACCGACGCGCAUCCUUCUUCCUCGGCGGCAGCCGCCGCUGGGUCCUCGUCCUCGUCGCCGACGGAGAGCGCCACCAUGCGAAUCAGGGCUAAGAGAACCUGCUAUGCCUCUGCCUCCUCUGUCUUCGCCGCAUCCGGGCCACGAGGAUGGGCAGAGCUCCCCGAAGAUUUGCUCCAAUGUGUCGUUGCUCUCCUCGGCUCCUCCCGCGACCUCCUCGCCUUCGGUGCCACCUGUCGUCCUUGGCGUGAUCUCUUGUCGGUAUGCACGUGCUCUUUGCAGCCUCUCCUCCUACACCCGAGUGCCGACAGCAAACUAUCUCCCCAGUUUAACCGCUGGACGACCUUGCAAGGAUGCACGUGGAGAUUGGCUGUUCCUGCUGGCACCUCAUCCUAUCCCAGUUUGCUUUCCUUGAGUGACCUCAGAGGCAUGUUCUUUCUUCGCUACUCCUACGGCCACCUCAUCUUCUGCGACGAUGAUGGGUUCUACAUUGUUAAUACGUUCAGCGGCGCUAAGGUUGUGCCUCCUUGCCUCAAGUCAGAUCACUUCACCAGCAUCAGCUAUGCCACCUUGACUGCCCCGGUUGCAUCCGAUGACUCGCAUCUCCUUGUUGGCAGUGGAGCCUAUCUGUUCCAGUGGCGCAUCGGGAGCGACUCUUGGUUGGAACACUAUCCUAAAGUUAAUUUUCUUAAGAUUGAACAAGUCGUGGCCCUGAAGGGCAAAACAUAUGCACUAGGGUCUUUCGGGUCCUUCUGCAUUGUACAAUUCUUACCCAGUCUCUUAAUUCAGAAGUUUGAAGUUAUACUUGAGGAAGAUAAAACCAAAGAUCUUUAUUGGACAAAUAAAAAAACAUGGCUUGUUGCGUGCGGUGACGUGCUUCUUUUGAUCAAACUUGAGGCAGCAAGAAAGACAUUCUCGGAGGUCAUCCAGUUCAAGGCCUUCAAGCUUGAGUCGUUGGACGCCGCGACCAAGAAGGCGAGGUGGGUGAAGGUGGACAGGUUGGAUAACUGGGCCAUCUUUGUCAGCGCGGACGUGCGAUGCGAGGCAUUGCCAUGCAUGAACCCAGAGAGAUGGGGAGGCAGAAGCAACCACAUAUACUUCCCAAGUUAUCAGCCUGAACAGCCUUGGGCUGCAGUCCAACUAUGGCAAAAACGUAACGACCCUUCAACACGUUCGCAGCUCGAGGACACUGGAAACCGGUACCGCAGAUUGGAGUCAACCUGGGUCCUUCCCGGCAUGUUUUCUCGAUCUGGUCGGUGAUGAUCUUUGGGGCAAUCGUGCAUGCGUCUGGUAAUUAGAUUCUCAUACAACUUCUGUGGGAGAAUUCUACCAUGUUGCAGUUGCAGGACGAGUAGUUGACUGAAUGUUCUUGACUUGUUUUCCAAAGUUACUCAAACUCUGCUUUUGCUUGUGUGGUGAUUACAAGGGACCCUUGUUAUAUUUCAUUUCUCAUCUACUAGAAUUGUAGAGAUUUUUUGUAAUUGGGCCACUUGAUAACAUGGGCUAGGCCUGCAACUAUCUUUCAUACUAGACACCUAAGGUGUUCAUCUGGCCUGGGGCUAGGCCCAAAAUGCAAACUCAUACUGCCUACCAGC